CCGACAUAUUUAGUGUUAGAAGCCGUUAAUAUUUGACGGCGCAGGGCUCUGUUUGGAUACAAGUGAUAAGAUUUCUCAAAUUUGGAUACAAACAUAAAGAAAGUAUGGGAUGCAUUACCAGUACUAAUAAGCAGUUAUAUACUUUUAAAAGGGAUGACAUAUUUAAUGUCAGCGUUGUUCGCGUUCAGUCGGACCAAUCGGUGGUGCUGGCAAGCCAAGGAUUUCUAGAGAUUACGCCUCAUGAACUUAUUUUUAUUGCACCAGAACAGGAGCCAGUCGCCUGGGCUCUUCAACAUCUGCGAAGGUAUGGACUCACAGGAAAUAUAUUUAGUUUUGAAGCUGGGCGUCGAUGUACCACCGGUCCUGGUAUCUAUACUUUUCGAUGUUGCAACGCCGAUCAAUUUUACAUAAAAUUUCAAAGAUAUAUUAAUUCUAUGUCAGUUGUAGCGGAUCGGAGCAAUACAUCAAUACAUCCAUCUCACAUUUUUGGUCGUUUUGAUAGUCAACCACAUACAAAUCAUUAUUUAGAGCCUACUUCCGUUCAAGCUGUCGCAUCCACAGAUGAUCGCACGAUUUUAACUGAGGCAUUUAGCAACGAAUCCAAUGACUUUAACCUAAACUCCCCAGAUUCAAUGCAAAGUGCAUCAUUAACAGCUGAAAUAAUUCAUUUUCCCACAUCUGUGCCAUCUUAUUCAAAUGUGAGUCCUAAUGCUCACUGCAGUAGUAAUAUCUACAUGGAGCAACCAAUAAAAGUUAAUAAUGAACACAAUAAUAACAUUUCAACAAAUGAAAUAACCGAUCCAACCACAAAAAGUAGUCAUAUAACGACUUUAAAUCCACUUUUUAAAAGUUCAUCUCUAGAUAUACCGCCGGAUGAAUGCGCACCAAUUUUAAAUACAAAUUUCGCUGAAACUCAAAGGCUUUAUGAAAACAUAGAUUCCAGCGUAGCUAAAUCAGCUAGAAUUUCCCAAAAUAUUUGCAACAAUUUGUCCGAACGUUGUUAUGCUAACGUCGAUCUACUUCCGCGACUUGACGUAUCACACAUUGGACAAAGCAAGUCAUUUCAAACCGAUUUGGCGAUGGAACAACAAGCCACUACAACGAACAACCCAAUUGUUAAUUAUAUUAUUCUUGAUUUAGAUCAGCCGCGGAGUCCAUCACAGUGUUCGCCAAAAAGCGCAUUUGGUAGUGGUCAAUCAUUGUCAGGCAGCGGAUGUAAUGUUUCCAGUUUACAGAAAGAAGAUUUGUCUUCUAUCACACCUACAAUUUCUUGUGGUUCAUCUACAAUGCCAAAGGGAUCAACUAUUACUGAGAAUAGUUUUAAUUUACCAAAUAACAGAAUGGAAUCUUCUGGUAGUUACACAAGGAUAGAUUUUCUGAAAACUUUCGCUUUGAUGAAAUCCUCAACGAAUUAUACGGACUUUGAUAUUGACAAUGACCAAGAGGAGUCGCGAAUAACCCGCCACAGCAAAUUUGUUCGCAAAGCGUACUCCAUUAGUGAGUAAGCUGGGAACUAUAUGUACAAUAUUAACGGGUUCCAUCAUUCGCCAGUUGGUCGAAAUUAUUUACAGCUGAUACAUUUAUCAAAUUGUACAAAGCUUUAUUGAUUUAUUCGAAUAACCUUUAAUCAUCGAAUUCACAUCAGAUUAAGACGUCGAGGAACAACAGUUGUAUAUGUUUUUUAAAAGCUCCCAUACAAAGUCUGAUGCAAACGAGAGUGUAUGUUUAUUUGUGAGUUAUUGUUGAUGUUUUUUCAUUAAUAGGAUUUUCAAUAUCUUAAUAAAGAUGUAUCCCAAAUAUAUACUUUAUAUAUAUGUACAUACAUACAUACAUAUAUAAAUAAUAAAAGUUAUUUUGCUACAACAAAGAAGUUAUAAAUACGUAAA